AUGGUUGUUAUUAGUUUCUGUCCAUUUGUUUCAGGAAAGGGUAAUACAUACUCUAUUCACAUUGUCUCUUGGUCGAAAGCAAAAAGGCUGAAUAGGAGGAGGAAUCUGAAUAGGAGGAGGAAUGAUGAGUAUGAGAGGGAGAGGUAUUAUAGGGAGAGGAAUGGGUAUUCAAAAGUAAUUAAUUCUCAAUCAAUAAUUUUCAAGGAGACAAUUCUUAGGGCUUGUUUUUGUGCAAAAUGUCAAGUUUUUUUCUUCUUAUUGAGGGAUAGUCUAUCAAAAUGCUACUGGAAGUUGAACAACUGGUCAAUGUGGGACAAUUCCUUGCAUUUUAACCUGUAUGUGCACUAA